AUGCCCGAGCUGCCGCGUGGAAACCCAGGCAAAGGGCUGGAAACGCAGGUGGGCAACGACCUGGGCAGCCCCGAGCCGCUGCGCUGGCUGCUCCGUUCGCCCUUCGACCGCAACGUGCCCGUGCAGCUGGAGCUGCAGGAGCUGCUCUUCGACCACGUCUUCCAGCGCCUGGGGGUUUCCUCGCAGGGUUGUGUUGAUCAUCCAAUAGUUUUGACGGAAGCAGUGUGCAAUCCUUUGUAUUCGAGGCAAAUGAUGUCAGAGCUCCUCUUUGAAUGCUAUCAAGUUCCUAAAGUGUCCUAUGGUGUGGAUAGCUUGUACAGCUUUUACCACAACAGGAGGCAGAACUGGCCUUGCAGUGGGUUGGUGAUAUCUUCAGGCUAUCAGUGUACGCAUAUUUUGCCAGUCCUAGAAGGGAGGUUGGAUGCUAAAAAUUGCAAACGUAUCAAUCUUGGAGGCUGUCAGGCAGCUGUGUACCUGCAGCGCCUCCUCCAGCUGAAGUACCCCGGGCACUUUGCUGCCAUCACUCUCAGUCGCAUGGAGGAAAUACUUCAUGAGCACAGCUACAUUGCGGAGGACUAUACAGAAGAACUACAGAAGUGGCGGUCACCAGAGUACUACGAGAACAACGUGCACAAGAUGCAGCUGCCCUUCUCUAACAAACUCCUGGGGAGCACCCUGACAUCAGAAGAAAAGCAGGAGAGGCGGCAGCAGCAGUUACGUAGACUUCAGGAACUCAAUGCACGUCGUAGAGAAGAGAAGCUGCAGCUUGACCAGGAGAGGCUGGACAGGCUGCUCUAUGUACAGGAACUUCUGGAAGAUGGUCAAAUGGAUCAAUUCCACAAAGCUUUAGUGGAGCUGAACAUGGACUCUGCAGAAGAACUUCAGUCUUACAUCAACAAGUUGAGCCUGGCUAUUGAACAAACAAAACAAAAAAUCCUACAGGCAGAAGUCAAUAUCGAAGUGGAUGUUGUGGACAGCAAACCAGAGACCCCUGACUUGGAUCCACUAGGCAGCGAGCAGUCACUGGAAGAUGUUGAAAGCAUUAAUGAGUUUGAACCUUUAUUUGCUGAGGAACAACCUGAAGCUGAGAAGCCUGUUGCUGCAGUGCAGCCCGUGUUUAACCUGGCAGAAUACCACCAACUUUUUCUUGGCACUGAAAGAAUAAGGGCUCCAGAGAUCAUCUUCCAGCCCUCCCUGAUAGGAGAAGACCAAACUGGUAUAGCAGAAACGAUGCAGUAUGUCCUCGAAAGGUAUUCAAAAGAGCAACAAGCUGUUCUUGUCCAGAAUGUUUUUCUUACUGGUGGAAAUGCAAUGUAUCCUGGACUAAAGGCCAGAGUCCAGAAAGAACUCCUCGAAAUGAGGCCAUUCCAGUCAUCUUUUCAGGUUCACCUUGCUUCCAGUCCCAUUUUAGACGCCUGGUACGGAGCUCGGGAUUGGGCAGUGGAACACAUGAGCCGUGAGGAAGGCUGGAUUACCAGAAAAGACUAUGAAGAAAAAGGGGGAGAAUACCUGAAGGAACACUGUGCCUCAAAUGUCUACGUGCCCAUUCGCCUUCCAAAGCAGGCCCCAAGGACUACAGAGGCAUUAGCACCCAGCAGGGCACUGGCAGCUGGUACAGGCAAUCCUUGUGAGCAGGCGUAGAAGUGAUGAGCUUUUGUCACAGUCCCUCCUAUGGAGGUAACGGUGCAAAGAGUAAAGCUUAUGCUCUGCAGCCUGAGCUGUGUAUGGAGCACAGGCCUUGGGCUCACCUUGUUGGCUGCUCUGAGAGUGCAAAGCAUCUUAUCUGUUGCUUGAAAGAGAUGUACUACUCUAGAGCAUCAGCUGGAGUGACUGCAGAAGCAGCACAAUCCAUUACGUAGCACGGGAAUGUGAACCAACAAGGAGGAACGCAGGAAAAACACAUUCCAGGGGAGAAUACUGUCUUAUGAACUUCUGUAAUAAGACUUGGGGUUAUUUGAAAAUGUUUGUGGAUAUUUUUUUCAUUAAAAUUUACUGGUUGUAUCCUGCCCUCAUUG